UCUAGCUCCAUCGACUCCUGUGUGUGAGAGCGUGCUGAUGGAUGUGAGAAGUGAAGUAGCCUAGAUUUGAUAACAUCAUGGAAUUAUUUUUCUAAGAACACCUGUAGAAAGAUUGUGCACUGGGGAACUAUUCUAAGAAGGACAAUAUCCAUAUAAAUGCAACGUUUUAUUUGGGAAACAAUAACAACAAAUGGUUAUCUUUACCUUCAUGGAUGUCGAGGACAUUAGUGAAAACGCUCACCAACACUGAUGGCAGUGUUCUGCAAUUUGCAUCUAUGUUUUUGGACUUUUCCUAAUACUAAGACCGUAAGCUCUUCUUCUUCUUCGGGUGUCUUCUGAAAUGCGCUAGUGGAGCUGAAAGGAAGGGGAGAAGGACAACACAAUGAGGGGGAAAUACUUUCUGCUCGGUUACUUGUUGGUCAAAGUUAUAGCGCUGGUCUGCAAGGCGGACGGAGAACCAGGACAACUGGAUGGCUUUGUCAUGAUGACGACCUCUAACGGAUCUAGGGAGGACGAGGGCGCAGGCUUCUCAGAGCCCCCACACACAGAGGACCGGUGCCGGGGGUACUAUGAUGUGAUGGGCCAGUGGGACCCGCCGUUCGUUUGCAAAACGGGCGAUUAUCUGUAUUGCUGCGGUACCUGUGGCUUUCGGUUCUGCUGCUCCUACAAGACCUCGCGGCUGGAUCAGAGCACCUGUAAAAACUACGACACUCCGGUGUGGAUGAUGACAGGUCAAACCCCGUUUAAGAAAAAUGACCUCCGGCACGACCCCACCAAAGAUAAAACUAAUUUAAUCGUGUAUAUAAUCUGUGGAGUAGUCGCUAUCAUGGCACUUGUUGGGAUAUUCACCAAACUCGGCCUGGAAAAGGCGCACCGACCACAGAGAGAGAAUAUGGCUAGGGCUGUCCAAAGCGUGUUACAGGUCGGCUGUCCAGGUGAGCAGUUUCAGGGGGAGGACACCCUUGGCAUGCAGGCACAGCACUAUGACACAAGGGCCAACAACCUCCAGGGAGGUCAGAUUAACAACACCGUGGGCCAGCCACACCCCUACCCUGCUCUGAGCCAGCUGGCUCAUGUCUAUGAACAGCAACAACCUGGGAAGGAACUCAACAAGUAUGCCUCGCUCAAGCUCGUCGCGGCCAAGGCCAACGGCGACUUCUACAACAAGCGGCGUCUGAUGGUGGAACUGCCAUCUGAAGGUGGCCUCCCCCUCCACCCCCUGGGCUCCCUGGGCCCAGAGCCCGUGGCCACCUACAUCACAGAGAUGCCCACCGCGCCCAAGCAGAAUGCACAGAAGCCCCAAAGACUCAGCAGCAAGCAACAACACCACCCACUGGCCUACAGCUCCAACACCAUCGCAGCCCCCAGGGGGAUGGGGGGAGGGGUGGGUCUGAAGGGCUGGGACGGGACUGAGACGGUAGGCAGGAGGAAGGGUUAUGGCUCCAAGAGGCCCCAGUGUACGGUGGAGCAGAUCAACAAGCUGCACAGUCAGUCCCGCUCCCAGAGCCACAGUCAGCACUUCCUGCCCACUCAGCCUUACUUUGUGACCAACAGUAAGACGGAGGUAACUGUGUGAGAGAGUGGGAGAAGGGGACGAAGGUUGCCCAAAGCAGAGUCACCCAAUAGACAAAGAGGGAGAGGACAGAGAUGGUGGUGUGUAAGGCCCAGGUUGUUUUGUGUCUUUCUGGGAGCGGGGGCCAGAACAGUGCACCCUGGUGGUGUGGCAGUGUGCUUGCGUGUGCCGUCCAGUAUGAGUGUGUAACUGCACAUGUGACUGUCAGUCAAUCCUACACAGAUCCUCAGUCAGAGGGCAACGGGGGCGGGAUUGUAUAACCAUGGCAACGUCCAACAGAAGUAUCAAAUUCAUUGUGUGUGUUAUAAUAUCUCCUGUGUAAUGACAACAUUAUCGACCAAUGACAGUGAAACGUGAAUCCAGCAACAGCAAAAGGAAACAUGAGAUUGCCAUGGAUUGCAUUACCAAAUCUGACAAGCAAUAUGAGAUCUAUGGACACCACAAUGGCUGGGGCUAAAACAUUGAGCAGGGAAACAACAAACUGUGGGGAAAGGAAAAGACAUUCAUUAAGGAGGCUCUCUCCUACAAAGCCAUUGAAUCAGCCACAGUUUUAGGGUUAUGGGAUAUGGCUACGAACAUUAUGGGCUUUGUUCUGUGCUUGUAGCCUUGAGAAGUCUCUUGGUCAUCAACACAGAGAAUGGAGGCUGUUGUCCUGUAUAUUUGAUGUAGAGUACUUGAUCACAGCUGACCCGAAGGCAAGGAGGCUGAAGCAUCAUCUAGAGGAUAGUACUGUACUCCUGAAAGACUCAUCAGUCCCAAUGCUGUUCACACAUAGAAUCAGAGAGAAUCUGUGAUCCAAUAUUUAAAGAUGUGACUACAGACCAUGGCCAUCUGUAGUGAUACCAGCAAGCUUUUAUAUUCCCCUUUUUCUCUCUCUUUCAUUCUCUCUAUCCCUCUUAGAAAAGGCAACCUUCAGGUAAAGACAAGGUAAAGAGAGAGAAAGUGGUUCUGAAUCGGUUCUGUUCUACAGUGUAUGGCGAGUCCCCUGAUAAGAACUAUGAAACCCGAUUGAGAGAUAUCCCUCACCUGUAUUAUUGCGACACAGUAUUGUGAUUUAUAUAAUGUACCAACAUUUGUAUUUCUGUUUGUAUUUUUGUAUGACUGUGUCCUCUUGACCUUUGGCCAUCUCUUCACUCUGGCGUUUGUGGAAAAUACUGUUGCUACGGUAUCCAAAUAUAUAAUGGUCUAAAAGUAGAAGACAAAACCUUUUCAAGCAAAUCGAACAGUCAAAUCUAUACAAGCUGAAUUUAUAGUCCCAUUUCAGCCUA